AUGGGCGGCAGAGUGGUCCCGCAACGAGACAUCCCAUUCACCCAUCCUCCACCUUCUGCAGCCUAUCAGACUGGUAGAGUACAUGGAAAAUCAGCCUGGCAAGACGAUGGUGAUUCUAUUCUGCCAGCACCGGGGUACCAGCCUCCAGCUGGAGCAGGGGGGUCUCCUCACGAUGCUGCUACGCUGUCUCCGUCUAUUCUUAGGACGGACAAGAAAGGAACAGGACCUGAAUCCUCCGACAAGGCACCUGUGAACACUGUUUCCAUCACAGAAUUCAAUCACAGUGAAGACCAUACAAGACUGCCAGCCUCGUCACAGUCUCAAGUGCAUUUGAAGGAGUUGUAUAACUCGAGCUACCAUGCUCCGGUACCGGCACGUCGCCGUAUGCACCAGAAAGGAUACCGUAACCUCUUCUCCCAGCGAACCACCUUUCGAUGGAAGUCAUUCCACAGCCAUCAGAAGCCUGGCCUGACCAAGGGCGCUGGCCGAGAUCAUCGCCAUCGAGAUGCAGUCAGUCGGAUUCAUACUGGCCAAGAUGAUGACAGGUUUCUCGCCUUGGACUCACACCUUGAAAGAAUGAUGGUUCAGUGCACGGACGAAAUCUAUGAAGGCCCACGAAAUUCGACCUGGAGGAGGACAUUCUUGCGCAACAUGGCUCCUUGGACUAUUCGUAUUGCCAACUGGCCCAUGAACACUGCCCCCAUCGAUUCCAAGCACUGGACCCAGAACGAUUGGUUGUGGAUUAUCGCAAAAUGGCCCGUUUCAUGCAUCUGCCUGUCUUUCACACUAUUGACCGUAGGCAAGCUCUACAACGGAACAUCCCGACUCGACCAUUAUAAACCGUUUCCUUACAAGUUUUGGGGCUAUCCGAAAGUGGCGCGAAAUAUGCUCGAAAAUGUUCCUGAGAAGAUCGAGGCAAAUGAAGAGGUGGAUGGGGCGCACCCAGUCUCUGAGCGUCCCCUGUAUCCGAGCCGGCUAUGCUUCGUCCAUGGUGGAAAAGACAAGAAUGGUCGUACCCACCUCUACGAUGUCAAAGUCUGGCUCAAUCAGCACAACAUGGUCGACCAUGAUAUGAGGUAUAUCUUCGUCGCUUACACCUCAACCCAGUUCACCGACAGCGAUCAAGAUGUCGAAGCCCUGCACGCUAUCGCACGGGAGGCGGCUACCGACCUCAAGUGUCCUGCUUAUUGGGUUGGGUCAGCUUGUAUGUCUGAAAACGAGCGAGAGCUCGAAGACGAUGUUUACCGCAUCAGCGACGUUAUCCGAGCCGCCCACUCUGUUGUCAUUGCCAUCAAGCCACCUCCGGGUAAACAGACCUAUUAUCACACUGAAGAGCUGCUCAAGGACUGGGGCACGCGGAUGUGGACGCUGCCGGAGGCUCUUCUUGCACCCAAAGACAAUCCGAUACGUAUAUACAAUACGUCCACUGGUGUUGUAAAUCUCGUCAAAGAACUUCCGAAGAAGGAUCUUGCUGCGAUCGUGUGGGAAGACACCGCUCUGACCCGACAGUUGGUCGACCAUUAUGAAGGAAAUCUCACCCUCAGCCGCCUCGAGCUAGUUAUCCUGGCCUUAAAAUGCCUCAGCCAGCGCCGAACAUCGAAGUAUCUGGACGGAGACCUCGCAUACGUGCUCAUGGGUCUUUUGCGCCGCCGACCGUUUGUGGACCACACAGACUCCGAAUUCCAAGCCUUUGCCCGACUCUCUCUAGCCAAUGACAGUGACAGCUUACUUGAACGCUUGCUGUGCGUGCUGCCCAGGUCAGAGGAUCAGCCAUGGUAUCAUACUGCCGACAUGUUCGGUGUCAAUUUGUGGGAUAUCCAGCCUACGUGUCAAGUCGCCGGCGUUUGCGAGGACGAUACCGUCGUUGUCGACGGUUGCCUGGCAGCUUCAAUCCGAUGGGAGUCAUUCGUGGCCGUGGCGCACGACACAAGUGUCUCAUGGAAGCGGCUCCUUGUCAAGGUCUGGUUGCGUGUCGCACCGAUCCUCUUGAUCCUUGGAGCAGCGCCUCUCUUCAACGGCGGGACACGAGCAAUUUUGUUACUCUUGAGCCUGCCAAUAUUUCUGAUAUCCCCUUGGCUGGUCCGUGUUCUGUACGGAGGUAAGCCAUGGAACAUUGCACCUCAUCUUCUUGGGUUCGAAGGGUAUUUGGACAUUGUCACCAUCGAGACCAACAUCUAUGGUCAUUACACUGGCCGUCUGGCUUGGAGUUCUGCUGGUAGUAACCUCAGUCGGCAUCGACAGAACGAAUAUGGAGAGUGCAUAGGGGAAGAUCCAACAAGUGACGGUCUGGUUGCCGACAUGGUUAAGCAAGCCAAGUACAGCACUUAUGGCGAGCUCAAGGUCUUCACUCUGGUCGACACGCUCAAUGGUUCUGUCACCCUCUUCACAGCUACCCGUCCUCCCGUAGCUGCUUUGCUUUGCGGCCAAGAAGGAGGGAUGCAGCGGGCGGUGAUGGUGUCCCUUGAUUGGAAGACAUCCACAUUGUAUCGAGAGACAGUUCUACGAAUGCCAACUAUAGUUUUGGAGAGGACCUGGCGCAUGGACAGGGCGAGAAUCGGACUCAAGAGGCCGUUGGAACGCACGAGUGUCAGCUACAGUGCGUGA